GUUUAAUUUCUGAGGUAUUUUAUCCGAGUGAUUAAGUUCUUCGUCUUCAUCUUCUUUUUCAAUCUAUAUGUUACAUAAAGAAAUGAACAAUAUCGAUAGUAGAAGCUUUUCAGAGCUCAUGUCGGAACUGGUGGCGUAUGCCGACGAGGUUGUCUCUCUGUCAAAAGAGCCUGGCACCGAAAGAGAGACUUCCACUCAGUUUGCACUGCUUGUUGGGAAAUUUUCUCCAUUUCUGGAUGAACUAGGGGGCAAUAAUAAGUUCAUGGAGAGGUCAACGAUUCGAAAAGCAGUGGAAUCCCUUGAGAGAGAGCUUAAACUCUCUCAGGCCUUGAUCCAAAGUCCCAAUCCGACAUCUGUUAAGCGUGUGGAGGAAAUAAUUGAUAAUCUUGGGCGGUCGCUAGGCCUUUUGCUCUUCGCUAGUCUUGAACUGUCUACAGAUUUUAAAGACAAGAUUGGGGAGCUACAAAAGGAUUUGAUUAAUGCAAGGUUUACUCCAAAUUCGAGUCCAAGUUCCAGUCGGGGAUCAGAGUUUGUUAGUGAGUUAAAAGUGGAGAGUGAAAUUAUUGAGGAGAGAAUUACUCUUGAUAUUGGUGAUGUUGCGUUACAGCUUAAGUGUGGCAAUGAUGAAGAAUUUAAAUUUGCGGUUUGGGGAUUGAAUGAGUUGAUUGGAAGUGGAAACGUUAGUCAUGAAAUGAUCAGUGAAGAAGGGAUCAUUCCAAUUUUGUUUAAUCGUUUAGGUUCAAGCAAGCAGGACAAUAGAUCGACUAUAAUUCAAUUAAUACGAAGACUGGCUUUAGAGAGUGAUGACAACAAGGAGAAGGUGGCGGAUGCUGGGUAUUUAUCAAUGCUGGUGAAGUCUUUGACACGGGAUGUGGAAGAAAGGAGGGAAGCUGUGGGGCUGUUGCUAGAUCUCUCAGAUCUCACAGCAGUUAAGCGGCGCCUUGGCAGAAUUCAAGGGUGCAUCGUUUUGCUGGUUGCGAUGCUAAAUGGGGAUGAUCCCAUUGCUGCCUGCAAUGCAGGGAAGCUGUUAAAUGCCCUUUCAAGUAAUACUCAGAAUGCGCUUCAUAUGGCCGAGGCCGGUUACUUCAAGCCACUAGUGCAGUACCUGAAGGAAGGUUCUGACAUGAGUAAGAUUCUCAUGGCAACAGCACUCUCAAGAAUGGAGAUCACAGAUCAGUGUAGAGCUUCCCUUGGAGAAGAUGGGGCGAUUGAACCCCUUGUUAAGAUGUUCAAUUCAGGGAAACUAGAAUCUAAAUUGUCAGCUUUAAGUGCAUUGCAAAAUUUAUCUGUCUUGACAGAAAACAUCCAACGCCUGGUCCGUUCAGGCAUAGUGGUGCCUCUUCUUCAGCUUCUCUUUUCUGUGACUUCUGUGCUCAUGACUCUUCGGGAGCCAGCAUCGGCAAUUCUUGCAAGGAUAGCUCAGUCAGAAUCUAUUCUUUUUAACCAAGAUGUGGCUCAGCAGAUGCUCUCACUUUUAAAUCUUUCGAGUCCAGUAAUUCAGUGUCAUCUCUUACAAGCACUCAACAGCAUUUCUGCCCAUUCAAGUGCGGCCAAAGUUAGAAGAAAGAUGAAGGAAAAUGGUGCAAUUCAACUUCUACUACCCUUUCUGAUGGAAAGUAACACAAAAAUCAGGAGUGGGGCCUUAAAUUUGAUUUACACACUCUCUAAAGGUUUACCAGAAGACUUAACCGAACAGCUUGGAGAAGCCCAUAUUCACAUCAUUGUCAAUAUCAUCUCAUCAUCAACAUCCGAGAAUGAACAAGCUGCUGCCGUUGGCAUACUUAGCAAUCUUCCCAUUAGUGAUAAAAAAGCAACAGAUAUACUUAAGAAGGAAAAACUGCUGCCUAUUUUGGUCUCCAUUAUGAGUUCCAAUGCAACUUCAACACCCACAACAUGCUGGUUAGUGGAGAGUGUUGCAGGUGUAUUAAUCAGGUUCACAAACCCUUCUGAUAAGAAAUUACAGCACCUCACCGUGGAACACGGGGUCAUUCCUCUGCUUGUGAAAUUGCUCUCAAGUGAGUCACCAGUUGCAAAAUGCAGAGCUGCAACCUCACUUGCUCAGUUAUCACAAAAUACACUCUCCCUUAGAAAGUCAAGAAAGUCUAGGUGGUUGUGUGUUCCACCUUCUGCAGACGCAUUUUGUGAAGUUCAUGAUGGCUACUGCUUUGUUAACAGCACAUUUUGUUUGGUCAAGGCAGGUGCUAUAUCCCCACUUGUCCAAAUAUUGGAAGGUAACGAUAGGCAAGCAGAUGAAGCUGUGCUCAGUGCCCUUGCAACCCUCUUGCAAGAUGAGAUUUGGGAGAAUGGAAGUAAACGCAUAGCAAAAAUGUCAGGCAUUCAAGCCAUCAUAAAAGUUUUAGAAUCAGGGAACGUAAAGGCUCAGGAGAAAGCACUAUGGAUAUUGGAGAGGAUUUUAGGGGUGGACGAAUGCAGAGAACAGCAUGGGGAAUCUGCUCAGGUGGAGCUUAUCGAUUUAGCACAGACUGGGGAUCCUAGGUUAAAACCAACAAUUGCAAAAUUAUUGGCGCAGCUUGAGCUGUUGCAGACUCAGUCUAGUUACUUUUGAGACAAUCCAUUACAUGUAAGCUAGACGAUGCCUCGGAUUUUGUUUCAUAGAAACUUCUUGUAAGCAAGCCUUCAUACAUUACAUUUUGUUCCUCACAAUACAUAUGAUGAAAAGAGGAGUGUGGUGCCGUUAUUUGGCUAGAUUAUGGAGUUUGCCAUUAGCAAUGCUGUUUAGGAAAGGUGAAUAUUCCUACUACUUGUUCUUUGUGAUAUUUCUUGUCUAUAUCCAUAUUACUAAAAAAAGAAAGUGUGCAUUUUUUUAUGUUUCAA